CACCGGGACACCGGGACACCGGGACACCGGGACACCGGCACCGGAGCGGGGACACGGGACCAGGACACGGGACCCUGCCCGGCGGCGGCCCCGCGCAGACCUGAACCUGCUUCUGGAGUUGCUCGUGCGGGGCCGGUGGGGCGGGGAGCGGAGCGGGCCCCCGCCCGGCUUCGCGCCCCGCAGGGGAUGGAGCGCGGCGCGCUGCCUCGCUGACUCCGGGCUCGCAGCCGCUGGAACCACCAAGGGGGGAAAAUGAAACAAGAGUUUUAGACUUUGAGGACUCAUUAUGGAAGACUCAGAAGUACAUCACUUCAGCUCAGUGGAAGAGGAAACCAGAUACUGGAAGGAGCUGGCUAUGAAAUACAAGCAGUGUGCUGCGAAUACACAGGAGGAAUUGCGUGAAUUCCAAGAGGGGAGCCGAGAGUAUGAAGCUGAGCUGGAGACUCAGCUGCAGCAAACAGAGUCCAGGAACAGAGACCUCCUGUCAGAGAACAACCGCCUGCGGAUGGAGCUGGAGUCAGUGAAGGAAAAGAUUGAAAUGCAACAUUCAGAAGGAUACAGGCAGAUCUCUGCGCUGGAAGAUGACUUGGCACAGACACGAGCUAUUAAAGAGCAGCUUCAGAAAUACAUUAGAGAACUCGAGCAAGAAAAUGAUGAUUUGGAAAGAGCAAAAAGAGCCACUAUAAUGUCCCUGGAGGAUUUUGAACAACGUUUAAACCAGGCUAUUGAAAGAAAUGCUUUUCUGGAGAGUGAGCUGGAUGAGAAAGAAAACCUUCUGGAGUCUGUGCAGCGCCUGAAAGAUGAAGCUAGAGAUCUACGACAAGAGCUUGCAGUGCAGCAGAAACAGGAGAAACCCAAAACACCAAUGAGAGCUCCCCUGGAAGCAGAAAGAACAGACACUGCAGUUCAGGCCUCCUUAUCUGUGCCCUCAACACCUGCAAUGCGCCGGACACCCAUCAGCAUUCCCACCCCUGGGACGUUUAGGAGAGGUCUUGAGGACAGUUAUGGUGCAACCCCUCUCACACCAGCUGCAAGAAUAUCUGCACUUAAUAUUGUGGGAGACUUGCUGCGAAAAGUGGGGGCUUUGGAGUCCAAGCUUGCCUCUUGCCGAAACUUUGUGUAUGACCAGUCUCCAAACAGACCUGCAGUGUCCAUGUACAUGAACAGAGAUGUCCUGGAAACACGCCUGAGUCCUCAUCAGCCUCUGUGUGAUACAGGGUUGGUGAAACGCCUGGAGUUUGGAACACGGCCUUCACACGUCCCAGGACCCGUGAGCCAUCCCUCACAAAGUGUUGUCAAGAUGCUGCUGUGAAAAGCUUGGCUGCCUUUGGGAAAGGAGAAAUGUGUAUUUCAAACUUUAGGUUUAAAGAGAAUAUCAAUGAGCAAGCAGACAGCAGUGUCAGGGUAGGUGAACUGAACAAUUGGCAGUGGCUUCAGGUGGGGCCUCUGGGCAAGUUCUGUGGGUGACAAGGUGUGACAAAGCAACAGCAGUGCAGGACUGGGAAUUGCUUCCUGCAUCUGCUACUGUAAACACCUGUUGGAAGGUUACUUCUUUUGACACUACCAAAGU